UUGUGUCGUCUGUGGCAUCAUCAGUUCAGUACUACUUGGUAAUCUCGUCUGCAGUCUGCACUGUGUAAGCGAGCCAAGCAUGUCGAAGCAAACUUACAGAGUAUGCUUCUGCUUCCGUCGGGGGUUCAAGCUUAAAGUUGCAGAAGCUCCUUCCGAGAUCAAGGCUCUAUUCAAUGAUUACUCGGAGGAAGGCGUCAUGAGCCUUGAGCAGCUGCAGAAAUUCUUGAUUGAAGUUCAGGGAGAAGAUGAAGCCAGCAUGGAAGACGUGCAAGGCAUUAUGGAUUCUCUCCAUGAAUUCAAACACCUACCCAUCUUCCAAUUACGCAAGGGCCUCAACCUCGAAGCCUUCUUUCGCUACCUCUGUCAUGACCUUAACCCCCCCCUCUCCCCUCAUAAUACGGUGCACCAUGACAUGAAUGCUCCAUUGUCCCACUAUUUCAUAUAUACAGGCCACAAUUCCUAUCUAACUGGGAACCAACUCAGUAGUAUCUGCAGCGAUGUUCCUGUCAUAAAUUCACUGCAGUGUGGUGUAAGAGUUAUUGAACUGGAUAUGUGGCCAAAUUCCACUAAGGAUGAUAUCGAUGUCCUUCAUGGAAGGACAUUAACAACCCCGGUGAAACUCAGCAAAUGCUUGAUAUCUAUCAAGAAAUAUGCUUUUGUGGCAUCUGAAUAUCCUGUUAUAAUAACUCUAGAAGACCACCUUACUCCAGAUCUUCAGGCUAAAGUGGCUGAGAUGGCCACUCAAAUAUUUGGAGAUUUGCUCUUUUCCCCUGAAUCAGAAUGCUUAGCAGAGCUCCCUUCCCCAGAAUCAUUGAAGAGGCAGAUUAUCAUCUCAACCAAGCCACCAAAAGAAUAUCUUGAAACAAAGAUCAAGGAUAAGGAUGAAGGCCCACAGAAGGAAACCGCGAGUAUAAAGAAGAAGGACAAUGGCUCACAGAAGGCAACAAAGAGUGCUAAGAAGAAGGAUAGUGACUCACAGAAGGCUAAGUAUCCUUCUGAGGAUAAAACCUGGGGAAAGGAAAUCUCAGAUCUUAAAGACGAACUUGAACCCUUUGAUAAGGAUGAACCAGAGGAAGGAGAAGACAUCAAUGAGGAAGAUAUGGAGGAUUGGGAUCACAAGUUGCAGCAGAGUGCUGCUCCUGAAUAUAGGCGAUUAAUCGCAAUUCAAGCUGGGAAGCAAAAGGGUGGAAUAAAAGAGUGGAUAAGGGUGCACCCUGAUAAAGUUGGACGCCUUAGCUUAAGUGAGCAAGAGCUUGAAAAGGCAAUCAUAACUCAUGGGCAAGAUAUUAUCAGAUUUACCCAGAGGAAUUUGCUGAGGGUCUUUCCAAAAGUCAUGCGGGUAGACUCAUCAAACUACAAUCCACUAAUUGGGUGGAUGCAUGGAGCUCAGAUGGUUGCAUUUAAUAUGCAGGGAUACGACAGGCCACUUUGGUUGAUGCAAGGAAUGUUCAGAGCCAAUGGUGGGUGUGGCUAUGUGAAAAAACCAGAUCUUUUGCUGAAGGUUGGUCCCCACGACAAGGUCUUUGAUCCAAAAGCAAAUUUACCAGUGAAGGCAACUUUGAAAGUUAAAGUAUACAUGGGAGAGGGGUGGCACUUGGAUUUCCAUCACACACACUUUGAUAUAUAUUCCCCACCAGACUUCUAUACAAGGGUUGGAAUAGCCGGGGUCCCAGCUGAUUCAGUGAUGAAGAAAACAAGGGCAGUAGAGGACGACUGGACACCAACCUGGAAUGAGGAGUUUGAGUUCCCCUUGACCGUUCCCGAGCUAGCAUUGCUUCGAAUUGAAGUUCAUGAAUAUGACAUGUCUGAGAAGGAUGAUUUUGGAGGCCAAACAUGUCUUCCUGUGUCGGAGUUGAGAACAGGAAUCAGGGCUGUACCCCUUCACAAUCAAAAAGGGGAGAAAUACAACUCUGUAAAGCUACUCAUGCGCUUUGAAUUUGUUUGAUAGUGAGUGGUGCAGCAUUUUUCUGGUUAUCCAGCCACCAUAUUGCUGCUGCCAUUUUUCUGGGUCUAGAGAUGUCAAUCUAAUUGACGUCAGUUCUAAAUGUGGGCUGGAUUGGAUUCUUUGUGUUUAUAUGCUACAUGUGUCCUAUAUGUUCAGUUCUAGAUAGGCAUAGCCUCUAGAUACAUGCUUCGGAUCUCAAACUUUAACCACUAGGCAUCUUUUGGUGGGACAUUGGAAUAAUGAUUGGGGUUAUAGAGCUUAAAAAUGCACUGUUUUUUCUGCUUUUAAUAGGUGCAACUUUCAAUAGUCCCAGUUUGCAGUCUGCUAGUCCAAUCCUAUUCUUCUAUAAAUGAGAUUUGUCAGUGAUUCCCCACAAAGAAUCCUCCUGAAAAUCAAGCCAUUCUCCAUAGGAGAAUUGUAUAAUCGCCUCAAAUGCAACAGUGACUUUCCUUCUCUA